AUGGCGAAAGAAGAGCCCGAUGUUCAGCUGUGCAAAGAAUCUACGGAUGAAUCAGCGAGCCAACCCCAAGGUAAACAAAUAAAUAUCCUUCUUACUUUUUAUUCAGAUCACAAUAUGUAUAAAAAACAGUCACAGUUUCUUAAAUAUAUUUGUAUUUUAUUUACCGCGAAGAAGAAAACACGGUUUGGUUUGUGGACACGUGUGAGUAUUAAGAUUCACUGAAACCCAUAAGCAAGAUUCCUAUUGAAAUCACUCCUAACUUUAAUGUUCCCGGAUACUUCCAGGUAAGUACAGGUUCCAGAUUAAACUGCUUAUAUGCUACAUAAGAUCAUAGUCAGAUCUUUGAUUUGACUAAAAAAUAUCAGAAUUUUGACAAAAUUGUUCAUGUAAAGGUAUCGAAGUUCUCAGUACUUAAAAAAUGCAAUGUUCUUAAACUAUAAACUAUGUUUACAACUACACAGAUCCAUUUCCCGACACAGACAAUGACAAAGACUGUCAGUCAAAUGUUACUACAUCAGAUGCACAGUGUCAGACAAGCCUUACAGUGGAGGAUAUGGAGAGGGAAGCAUGUUUUAUUCGAAACUCUACAACAGAACUUAACGAGUUAAAGAAACAACUACUGAAUAUAGAGAUAUCUCGACAGGCAUUCUCUAAAAAUGAUGAGAAAACUAAGUUUUAUACUGGUAUUCCAGAUUUUGUUUUACUGACUCACGUUUUUAAUUUAUUUGCCCCACCUGUCAAGCAUACAUCUACCAAUGUCCUCUCGCAGUUUCAAGAAUUUUUAAUUACUUUAAUGAAGCUUAAGUAG